UUUUAAAUAUAUAUUCCUUUUUUUUGCAAUCAAUUAACAAAAUGAAUUACAUUGUAGUUAUUUUAGUUUUAUCCUUUAUAGCUUAUAAGAUUUAUCAAAAAACAAGAGUACCUGAAGGACUUAAAAAUAUACCGACAUUGAGUUUCCUAGAUCUUCUUAUUGAAAUAUUUACUAAAGUUGGGCCAGAUAAGCGUUGGGAAGAUACGCGUGAUGUUUUAGAGAAAGAAGGAAUUGGGAAGCUUUGGUUCAAUGGACAAUGGACUAUUACGGUAACGGAUUUGGGACUAGUAAAAGACAUAAUGACAAAAACAGAUUUGUAUCCUAAAGCCUUACUCAAAGAGUCAUUUCCCACGUCUUUAUUAACUAAAUAUUAUGGUACUAAUGUAGUACUCUCAAACGGAGACGUUUGGAAACGCCAUCGUCGUAUUGCAAAUCCAUCUUUUCGAAAUUUACCGGUACAUGUAUUUGUUGAAUCUGCCACGAAAUUGUUAAAUGUCAUGGAAAAGAUUGACAAUGAACCAAUAGAAGUUAAAAGUCUUAUGCAUAGAUUGGCCUUGGAUGUUCUUGGAAAAGCUGCUUUUGGCUUUGACUUUAACAAUCUCGAAGAUCCAAAUAACGUAUAUGUCACUACCUAUAAUGAAGUGAUGGCAGAAUUGAGCAAACCAUUAUAUUUUGUCUUUUCAUUCCUUGAUUAUCUUCCACGUUUCGAAGCACUUAGGAAGAUAGAAAAACUUAAUAGUUUAUAUGAUGAAAUUGUUGAAAGCAAACGUAAAUCAAUGAAAAUGGGAGAAAUAGAAAAGAAAAUAAAUAAUAAUUCUGCUGACUUGUUAGAGCAUAUGGUAUAUGCUUGCAAUGACCCGGAUAAUCCAACUUUGACAAAUGAAGAAUUACGACAUGAUCUUGCAAUUUUUAUGUUAGCUGGUCAUGAUACUACCGCGAAUGCUUUAACAACUAUUUUAUAUCUUCUAGCCAUUCACAAGGACACGCAAAAAAAAGUUCGUGAUGAAAUAUUACGUGUUCUUGGUGAUAAUUUAAUACCAAGUGUAGAGCAACAAAAAGAAUUAAAAUAUAUGAACAUGGUUAUAAAUGAAAACUUGAGAUUAUAUCCUCCAGUCGCACAAUUACCUCGAAGACUUAAUUCACAAGAAAUUAAAUUCCGUAAUCAUGUAAUUCCAGCAAAAACACCCAUUGAAUUAUCCAUUUAUGGAAUUCAUCAUUCAUCAAGAAAUUGGAAAGAUCCUGAAAAAUUUAUUCCUGAAAGAUUCGAGAAUGAAAAACAUGACCAUUAUUCUUGGUUAGGUUUUGGUGGCGGUAACAGAUUAUGUUUAGGAAUUAAUUUCUCGCUUAUUGAACAAAGGAUAAUGUUAUGUGCUUUAUUAAGAAAAUAUGAAGUAUCUUUACCAGCAGAUAGUAUUCAUAAAGAUAAAUUACAAAUUGAACCUGAAGUUAGCGGAACUUCAGGUCCACAUCCAGUACCUUUAAUCUUUAAAAGAAGAACAGAAUAAAUAUUCAUAACUUUAAAAAUAAUAUUAGAUUUAUUUUGUAUUAUUUGUAAUAACUGUAUUUUGAUUAUUUACUAUUUUAUAUUAUUUAAUAAUUAUAUAUAUAUUUGAAAUAAUUGCAUAAACAAAAACAAAUCAUAUACUACUAA